CUCAGGCUGGCCGGCAGGCGGGCGUCGCUCAGCCCGCGAGGGGCGGGCCGCGGGGCGGCACCUGGGAAGAGCGGCCAGGUUCCAGGUGGGGAAAAAAAAUGUCCCUUUUGGAUGGGAAAAGCUGUUCCAGCUCAAGGUGACUCUUGCCUUCUUGCCUCCUUUGAAGAGUGGCUUCAAUUGCCUUGGAAGCUCAGCCUUGGUUGCUUCAUUUGUGCUGAUGUGAAGGCCUUGGAAUUAUCUGGCACCCUAGACCAUACCCUUCUUUAGACUCCCAGGGGCCUUAUUUGCCCACCUGUCUCCUGAGCACCCUGCUUGUGUUACCCUGUAGGCCAUGGAGAAUGAGCUGCCAGCCCCACCCACAUCCAUCAGCACCACUGUUGCCAGCAGUACCAGUGGAGUCAGUAGUAGCCACAGCAGCAGCAGCAGCAGCAGCAGCAGCAAUGGUGGUAGUCGUUCUACUGGAGCUGGGCCUCAGAUUUCAGUGUACAGUGGUAUCCCCGACCGACAGACUGUACAGGUGAUACAGCAAGCCCUGCACCGACAACCUAGCACUGCAGCUCAGUACCUCCAGCAGAUGUAUGCAGCCCAACAGCAACACCUCAUGCUGCAGACGGCAGCACUGCAGCAGCAGCACCUCAGCAGCGCCCAGCUCCAGAGCCUGGCAGCCGUGCAGCAGGCAAGUCUGGUGGCCAACAGACAAGGGGCCCCUUCAGGCAACAAUGGCUCUGCACAGUCCUCAGCCCAGUCACCGUCGAUAAACCUGGCAGCCUCCCCAGCAACAGCUCAGCUCAUCAACCGUGCCCAGAGUGUCAACACAGCCGCAGCCUCUGGCAUCGCCCAGCAGGCUGUGCUAUUGGGCAAUACCUCGUCUCCGGCACUAACAGCCAGCCAGGCGCAGAUGUAUCUGAGGGCACAGAUGACCCAGCCAGGUAACCUGGUGCAGGUAACUAGGAGCCUAGGCGGCACUGUUCCUUUGUCCCCUCAGCUCAUCUUCACGCCCACGGCCACCGUCACUACCGUGCAGCCUGAGCUCAGCACCGGCUCCCCUGCCCAGCCCCCCACCCCCAAUCAGGUACAGAACUUGACCCUCCGAACGCAGCAGACAGCAACCACAACAGCCUCGGGCCCCACCCCCACCCAGCCUGCACUGCCCGGCCUGGCCCUGAAACCCAGCCCAGGCAGCAGCCAGCCUCUGUCCACCCCCUCACAGGGCAGAAGCACCACUCAGGGCUCCCCGGCAGGUGCCAAGCCUGGCAUAAGUGACAGUGUGGCUGAGCAACUCAAGAAGGGGGACAGCAGCAGUGGCAGUGUGCCAGGGAGCACUGAGGGCCGGGGGGGACUGAGCCGGAUGGUGUCCCCUGUGGCCACACAGCCCCUCAUUGCACCAGCCUAUACCCAGCUGCAGCCGCACCAACUCCUUCCACAGUCCCCAUCAAAGCACCUGCAACCCCAGUUUGUUAUCCAGCAGCAGCAACAGCCACCACCUCUACAGCAGCAGCAGCAGCAGCAGCAGUCCCAACAGUCCCGGCCCCAACCACAGUCCCAAUCUCAGCUUGCCUCAGCUCUGCCAGGAGUGACCGUACAGUCCAGCCCUGAAGUCCAUGCCAUGUCACUAGGCCCAGCAGUCCCUGCCCUCCCACUGCAGUGCCCUGCUGCCAAUCAGCACAAACCUGGCCACAGCCAGCCAGGGCAGCCAGCCAGCCCAGAGGCUGGGCCCCAGAAUGGACAUUCUGAGGGCCUGCUCCAUACCCCUCAGCGCAGGUUCCAGCAUGCAUCAGCUGUCAUCCUCCAGCUACAGCCUGCUUCCCCGGUGACCCAACAAUGUGGUCCAGAUGCCUGGAAGGAGGCAAUGCCCAGGGAGAAGAGCCUGCCUGAGACCCUGCCCAGCCCAGCAGCCCAGCAACCAGCCACCCUCACUCCCCCACCUGCUGGUCCACUCCAGACCACAAGCUCUGAUGUUCAACAGUCUCCAGCACAUGAGACAGGUCAGGGCAUUGUUUAUGCACUGAACGACCUCAGCAGCCCCGGCAUGACCUCAGGGAACGGAAACUCUGCCUCCAGCAUCACUGGCACUGCCCCCCAGAAUGGUGAGAAUAAACCACCACAGGCCAUUGUGAAACCCCAAAUCCUGACGCAUGUUAUCGAAGGGUUUGUGAUCCAGGAGGGGGCGGAGCCUUUCCCGGUGGGACGUUCGUCCCUGCUGGUGGGGAACCUUAAGAAGAAGUAUGCACAAGGGCUUUUGCCUGAGAAACUCCCACAGCAAGAGAACACCACCACCACGGAUUCAGAAAUGGAGGAGCCCUAUAUGCAAGAAUCCAAAGAGGAGGGGACUCCCCUCAAACUCAAGUGUGAGCUUUGUGGCCGGGUGGACUUUGCCUACAAGUUCAAACGUUCCAAACGCUUCUGUUCUAUGGCGUGUGCCAAGAGGUACAACGUGGGCUGUACCAAGCGCGUGGGACUCUUCCACUCUGAUCGUAGCAAGCUGCAAAAACCAGGGGCUACCCCCCAUAACCGCCGACGGGCCAGCAAGGCAAGCCUUCCAGCAUUGCCCAAGGAUGCCAAGAAGCAGCCUGCAGGGGCCGUGCCUCUCUCAGUCACAGCCGCACUGCAGCUGACCCACAGCCAGGAAGACUCGAGUCGCUGCUCAGAUAACUCCAGCUAUGAGGAGCCCCUGUCACCCAUCUCAGCCAGCUCCUCCACCUCACGACGGCGCCAGGGCCAGCGGGACCUGGAGCUCCCGGACAUGCACAUGCGGGACCUGGUGGGUGUUGGGCACCGCUUUUUGCCCAGUGAACCCACCAAAUGGAAUGUGGAAGAUGUCUAUGAGUUCAUCCGUUCUUUGCCAGGCUGCCAGGAGAUUGCAGAAGAGUUCCGUGCCCAGGAGAUCGAUGGGCAGGCCCUCUUAUUGCUCAAGGAAGACCACUUGAUGAGUGCCAUGAACAUCAAGCUGGGGCCCGCCCUGAAGAUCUAUGCACGCAUCAGCAUGCUCAAGGACUCUUAGGACCUGGCCGUGGAAGAGCCCCCUUCUCUUCUCCCUGGGAGCUCCUCGUACCCUAACUGAGCAGAGCACAAGAAAACGUUCCCAAGGGGCAUAGAGAAGGGACCAGGAGCUCCUUCUCCUGGGCAUGCCGAGGAGGAGGGGCUCUUCCAGCCUCCUCGCUGACCCGCAGGGCCCUUGCAUUUCUGCAGGAGAGGACGGAGGUAGGCAGGUGGCUGCAGAAGUUUGGGGCAUUGUGCUUGUAAAUAUUGGUAGCAUCAGCUUCUUCUGAAGUCCCACAGCUCUAGCCCCCAUCCUCCCCCCUCAGAGGCACAGGUGGCCAGAGCUCCCCAGCCUGUCAAAGAUGACCACCAGGCCUGGACAGAAGCCAAGGCAGCCCUUGCCCGCCUAUGCCCGCCUAUGCCCUAUCCUUCCCUAAGCUGGGUAACUCUUUCUUCACCAACUUCUCCCCUUCAGCCUGGUUCUGAAGUAGCCACGGAUCGCCAGACACGGGCACUCCUGUGUCCAGGUGGAGAGAGAGAAGCUGGGCCAGAUCUGGCUCCGCCUGCUGGCCCUACGCCUUAACGCUAUGUGUGUGACUGUGUGUGAGAGCCCGGACUGGCCAGCGGGCUGAGCUCCCUCCUCCUGGCUUUAUCUAGGCAUCCUCUUAGUGCUUUGUCCUGGACUCCUCUCCCCCUCAGGUGGAGAAUGAGGGGGCCUCAGCAUCGAGGCCGAGAGCAUCUGUAAGGGGGGCCUGGGGAUGCUUCUUUCUGGACUCGUGAGGCCGUCAUCACAUGCUGCGAAUUGCUCCCAAGGGCCCUGCUUUCCCACGGGCAGCAUUAAGGAGGCCAGAGUGAAGGUCACGGCCUCCUCCAUUUACACCGCCCCCAACGACCGAGGCCUCGAGGACCCAGGGACUGUUGAGAGGGAUCGCACAGCCCCUGUGUCACAAUCGGCCUGAAAAAGGCCACCUUCUCACCUCCUCUGCCUACACCCCUUUGCCUCUAAAACUUCCCAGCAUCCGUUUGGGCCUCUCAAGAAGGUAGGGUGGGAAGGGAAAAGAGCUCCCCCGGCCUCUGACUUGCCCAGCCUCAGGCAGACUAGGAAGGGGUUGGGGGAGACUGGAGCUUUUCCCUGAACAAAGUGGGUACCUCCUUCACUUGAGCUAUUCCUCACCCUCUAGACAGGGUGGAAAUGGGAAAUGAAGGACUUUUUAGAGACCUUUUUUUUUUUUUAAUUAAAUAAAUCUCUAAAACCUG